ACGGAGGAGGGCCCACCGACGAAGCAGAUGCUUCCGUCUCUUAAAAACAUGUUGACGUCUCAACAAAACAGAGACGGGUUAGUGGGUUGAAGUAUUUAGUAUUUACGACAUGAAUGAACCGGACCGGAAUAUCCCGAAUCCGAACCCGCUAACUUCGGGUCGGGUUCGUUUACGAUCACUCCGACCUCUCUAUCCAUGCGGUUUAAUUUCUUGGCUUCCGGUCCGGUUCAUUCAUGGCUUCGGCUGCAUCUUUCACGAGCAAACUCCUCCGUGUAUCCAUCCACCGAAAACAUACGACCAGUACGUCAGACAGGAUGAUCUGCUCCCGAUCCUCUCCUCUCUGAUACCAGAUCUCCGACCACUGCGAGGCAGCCCACAAAACCCCCAAGUGGGAUCCAUCAUCAGACGGUGGUGGGAGACCAAUCGACCGGCCGGCCAUCGCCAUGACCACCCCGUCGAUCCAUCUUGGACGCCGAAUCGAUCGCCAUCGUCCCUCUUGUACGCACGCAGGCCAUGCAGCGCAGCAGAGUGGUGGAGGAGGAGGAGGAAGACCGCGGCAGGCCCUUCAUAAUGUCUGGAGGAGCACGAGGUUGUGCUCCCCACCAAUCCUCGAGGCCGAUCCUUCACCUGCAAAGCCGAGAGGGGGGACCGAGGUUGUGGGUUUGGUGCUUGUCAAUGGUGGUGGGAGACCAUGGUACAUGAAUCAUUGUCCAAAAAGGGGAGGAGGGCAUCCCAUCCCAUCCCACCACCACCACCACCACCCAUGCUGCUAUCGGCCUCUCGUGAGAGAGCAUCAGCUAAAAAGCUGAGGACGAGAAGGUGGGCUGCCUCUCUCCUACCACAUAUGCCUCCUCUCCCGGCCCUCUAAAAAAGCAGCUGAACAUCACCAACCCAUGAGAUGUGUGAUGCUGCAGCUUUGCUUGCAAUGGCAGAUGUCGUGUGAUGCGAUCCCAUGGCCGGGCGAUGUCGCAGCAAGCAGGCAGCGGUUACAAGUGUCACCUCAUUAGCUUUUCUUCCUUCUCCACUAAGUUGUGCUGCGUACGAUCCCUGAGGUGUAGCGUGAGGUGAAGAAGACCCACCGAACCAUCUCAACUAGAUGCCGACUGGAAGCAGUGCCUAUUUGUUGCUUGUCAAUCCAUGGAACCUUUGAACCUUCUCCGCAGCUCACAGAAGGAUUGAACACGUAGAUGAAGUAGAAAAAGAGGGAGUCCAUGACAUCAACCAGCCUUUUCCCUCUUGAAGCUUUUGUGCCCAUGCAUUCAUUGCAGCCUCUCCCACUGCCAACCCGUAAAGUGCCAACCCCGGUGGCAAAAGCAAGCAAGCAAGCCCACGCAUGCUUCGCAUCAAAUCCACAAUGAACGAGGAACAUACCUGAGAUGGGGACCUGAAACGGUGAUGCCUUCACCCAAGUCUUCUCUCACUCUCUCUUUCUCUUCUCCUGUUUCUCGCGGAGCUUUUCCCCACCCUUCUCCAAAGGAACCAUUUGGGGGCUUCCGGAAAGGUAAAGAUAUAUAUGUGGGCAUGAUGGUAAAGUGGCGAGUGGGAAGUCCAUGUAUAUAUAGGGGGCUCCUCACUAAACCAUGAUCCUCUGCUCUUGGAUGAUCUCUCUUUGGUUCUCUGUGGAAGAGGAGAAUCGAAGAGAAGUGCAGCUGCUGCCGUCCCCGUCGACCCGUCUUCCCUCCGAGACGCUCAACUCCUCCAUGGCGACCGAUGCUUCCGACCAUCCUCUGCUCGAUCUCACUCUGUCGAUGAGAGUCGGCACGCAGCGGCCGUCUCCCGGUGAGGAGUCCCAGAGCCGUGCGAAAAGCCUGCAGGUAUUGAGGCAACAAACUGCGGAGCAGAUCCGACUUGCUGCCGCGGAGAAUGCAUAUGCUGAGAGGAUGAGGGAGGUGACGAAGAUGGAGAUGGAGUUGGCGGAGAAAGAGUAUGCACGAGCUCGGCUGGUAUGGGAGCGAGCCAGAGAGGAGGUGAAGAAGGUGGAGAGGAUGAAAGAGAUGGCGACCGGGAGGAUUAACUCGGCGUGCUUGGAGAUCACUUGCCACAGUUGCCAUCAACGAUUCCGGCCGUAGCGGAGGCCGGUCCGACGUGAGUCUUUGUCACUUGUUGGAUUAUGGGAUCAUUUAUCGCGAGUUGAUCGAAACUAAGGGUGUCUUUUAGAAUAACAAAGUUGGUGUGGUGAUAUGAAAGAAGGCUGUUCCAAUUGCACGAUUGUCAAAAAUGUUUCUAGUUGAUAUAUGUAUUCUAUGGAAUCGAUGAAGCAGCGAUGCGAUCAUCUUCACCA